UUUUUAUAUACCAUGGCAAGUCCAACUACAGAGCACGAUAGUUUUUCAGACGUAAGGAAGGUGGGUUACUUAAGAAAACCUAAAAGCAUGCACAAGAGGUUUUUUGUGUUACGGACUGCAAGUGUUUCGGGACCUGCAAGACUGGAGUACUAUGAAAAUGAGAAAAAAUGGAGACACAAGUCUGGGGCUCCCAAAAGGUCUAUCCCGCUGGAAAGCUGUUUUAAUAUCAACAAGAGAGCGGACUCCAAAAACAAAUACCUCGUAGCUUUAUAUACGAAGGACGAGUACUUUGCAAUUGCGGCGGAUAAUGAACAAGAGCAAGACAUUUGGUAUCAGACAUUAGUGGAUCUUCACAACAGAGGUAAGGUUCACGAUUCUGCUGGGAGUAAUGGAACUGGGGAAGGGGAAGAAAAUUAUGGGGAAGCCACGCCAGGUGCUGCAUUUAAAGAAGUAUGGCAAGUGAUUUUAAAACCCAAAGGUCUGGGGCAAACGAAAAAUCUAAUUGGAAUUUACAGAUUGUGCCUGACCAAUAAGACUAUAAGCUUUGUAAAACUGAACUCUGAUGCAGCCGCUGUAGUUUUGCAGUUAAUGAACAUAAGGAGAUGUGGUCAUUCUGAAAAUUUCUUUUUUAUCGAAGUGGGGAGGUCCGCAGUUACGGGACCGGGGGAGUUUUGGAUGCAAGUGGGAGACUCGGUUGUAGCGCAGAGCAUGCAUGAAACAAUAUUGGAGUCGAUGAAAGCAAUGAGUGAAGAAUUUCGACCAAGGAGUAAAAGUCAGUCAUCUUCCAAUUGUUCCAAUCCUAUCUCUGUGCCUCUCAGACGACACCAUCUUAGUAACCCACCCCCUAGUCAAGUAGGACUCAACAGGAGAUCAAGGACUGAAAGCAUUACUGCAAUUUCACCUGCUGGUCCAGGUAAACAUAGUAACUCAUUCAGAGUUAGAGCCUCCAGCGAUGGAGAGGGGACCACGUCCAGACCAGCAUCUGUUGAUGGGAGCCCUGUAACUCCCAGUAAAACUAGGACUCAUUCACACAGACACAGAGGUAGCUCCAGGCUACAUCCACCAUUAAAUCACAGCAGGUCUAUUCCUAUGCCAUCGUCACGUUGUUCCCCUUCAGCCACAAGCCCUGUUAGCUUAUCCUCAAGCAGUACGAGUGGUCACGGGUCCACCUCUGAUUGCCUUUACCCUAGACGCUCCAGCGCCUCUGUCUCGGGAUCCCCCAGCGAUGGCGGAUUCAUUUCUUCUGAUGAAUAUGGUUCAAGUCCUUGUGAUUUUAGAAAUUCAUUCAGGAGCGUUACACCCGACUCUCUCGGCCACACCCCUCCUGCCAAGGAAGAGGAAUUAAACAAUUACAUCUGUAUGGGGAAGUCCAAUCUGAGGCCAAAUGGACAUUAUAAUAGAAGUCACCAGCGCAAUGCCCCAUCGCGGGUGGAAGAAGCAGAAUUAGAAAAAAGUUUUAGAAAAAGAACCCAUUCGUCAGGUACCUCACCUCCAACCAUAUCCCAUCAAAAGACUCCAUCACAGUCAUCCAUAGCCUCAUUGGAAGAGUACACCGAGAUGAUGCCAGCUUACUCUUCCAGCCGCUUGUCCUCUUAUAGGCAUUCUGCAUUUGUGCCAACUCACUCAUAUCCCGAAGAGUGCUUGGAUGUUCAUAUUGAGGACAAUAGGGUUAACAAGACAGAUGAUGGCUACAUGCCAAUGUCCCCUGGUGUAGCGCCUGUUUCUAAUAAAAGUGAUGACUAUAUGCCAAUGAGUCCAAAAAGUGUGUCUGCACCACAACAAAUCGUUAACCCAAGGCAGCAUUCAAGAAUGGACUCAAACGGUUACAUGGUGAUGUCCCCGAGUGGCAGUUGCUCUCCAGACCAUACAAACUAUGGCAAACUAUGGACCAAUGGUGGAAAUCCAAAACUCUCUGUGGAGAGUAAUAAUGCAAAGGAGGUUUCCUGCAAUGACUACAUAAAUAUGUCCCCUGCAAGUGAAUCAACAACCAGUACACCACCAGACUGCUAUUUUAAUCCAGUUGAUGAUCCACCGAAACCUACGUAUUCCUAUUUCUCGUUACCGCGGUCAUUCAAGCAUGUUCAGAGAAAAAAUGAUGAAAGCCACUUGCGCCUGUCUGUGAAUUCAGGGCGCCUGGCAUAUGGAGAGGAUUCGUCCUCCUCGACAAGCAGUGACAGUUUAGGAGGGCAGGAGAAUGGACAAGUGGUUAAGCCUAAGAAAGUUGAUGCUUAUGUGCAAACGAAAGGAAGGCUUAUUCGUCCAACAAGACUCUCCCUUGAUCAUAACAAGGCCAGCACACUCCCACGGACACGUGAACAUCCACUUCCACCUGAGCCAAAAAGCCCAGGGGAAUAUGUCAACAUUGAAUUUAGUGACAAAUCCUUUUCAGUUAGUUCAGCUUCAUUAUUCUCCCCCAUGUAUGCAGAGACCAUGAGGCAAAGGCAGAAUUCUUCAGAGUACAUGAAUAUGGAUCUGGGAGCCCAUGGUGGCAGGCCAAGUUAUUCAGCAAAAUCUUCAGUAGGUACUACAAGUUGUGCAACUGGCUGUGCUGAAGCUGCUGCUGUUUCCAUUGCCCCCACUGCUGCUUCAUGCAGAGGACAGCAGAGCUGCGAUUAUGUGAGUAUGCAGCUGAGCACCACCAGCACAGGCUAUAGAGAAUCACCAGUGAUGCAAAACUACUCAGAAAUUGCCACUGGAGCUGCUAACACACCCCCCAGGUCCAUUUCUCCAAAGCAUGAAAUGGUCCCAAUAAAUAUUGUUUCUGAUGUUAAACAUGCCAGUUUAUUGGGCCAGAUAUUGGGGACAAGUGCUUUUACAAGGGUAAACUCUAGCCCAAACCGGAUUCAAGGUGCCAAAGUGAUCCGUGCUGAUCCCCAAGGAAGAAGGCGGCACAGUUCGGAGACUUUUUCUUCUACACCUGCUGCUAAUAGUGGUGUGACUUUAUCCUAUGUAGAAGAUGUGAAACGGCAUAGCUCUACAUCUUUCGAAAAUGUCUGGAUCAAGCAAGGGGAAUCUGCUGUCUCUGUAAGAAAAGAGCAGCAGCCAGGUGCCAGUACAACAGCAUUUGAAAACGGACUGAAUUAUAUUGAUCUGGACUUAGUCAAGGAUUUUAACAACCAAGAGCGGACCUCCCUCCAGCCUAAAUCCCCUAAUCAGCCUUGUGGAAAUAACUCUGGUGAUGAUUUAGGUGCUUAUGCAAGCAUCAGCUUUCCAAAACCAGAAGAUGUACGGAGCAACCCGGCAAAAAGAGAAGAAUGAUGACUAAAAGCUCAGCAAACCUGAGUGAUGGGUACCCAGACUGUAGAUUUCUUCUAUGCCAUAACCCAGGACCUCCCCUCCACCUUUCAGUUGAUGGUACAAUGCAUUUUGGUUACAUUGUAUACUUAGUAUAACCUCAGGACUUAGUUCAUUGAACUGCACAACACAUUUUUGCCAAACAAAUAGCACUGUGACACCUGAACAACCCAUCUGCUACUUUGGGAUUUUAACAGAAAACUCCUGUUGUAUACCUAACACCAAAUCAGAACGUGAAUGGGUAUACUGUAACACAUAAAUGGACACUAUAUGUAUGUAUGUGUGUAUGUGUGUGUAUAUAUAUAUAUAUAUAUAUA